AUUAAAUAGAUACGAAAUGCCAGAAGAACCAAAAACAGUUAAAGUUUACGCUAGAAUCCGACCCACAGAUAACUUCGCCUAUGAAAACGUUGUUUUGAACUCGGAUGGAAAGACUAUCGACAUCCAUGGGCGUCCGAGUGACAAGGGUGGCUUCGUGAACAACCAGAUUUCGGACUGGUCCUUCAAACUGGAUGGAGUAUUCCACGAUGUCAGCCAGGAUUUACUAUACGAAGUGACAGUGAAAGAAGUUGUUUCACGUGCAUUCGCAGGAUACAAUGGCACCAUUCUUAGUUAUGGUCAGACAGGUUCUGGGAAGACGUUCACAAUGACAGGGGCCAAUGAAACGUUCCAGAAUCGGGGAAUCAUUCCAAGAGCCAUCCAGCAAGUGUUUCGGGAAAUAGGAGACAUGCCAGACUAUGCAAUCAACAUUAAGGUGUCUUAUCUGGAGAUUUACAACGAGGGCCUUUUCGACCUGCUAGCUGGGACUUCGGGAGGGAGACAGCAGCCGAUGACCAUCAUGGAAGACGAGUUCGGUAUCAAAGUAGUCGGCCUCACGCAACACAUUGCCAACAACGAGGAAGAAGCCUUGAAUCUCGUGUUCGAGGGAGAGACAACCCGGGCUAUAGCGGCGCACCAGAUGAACAAACACUCCUCCAGAUCCCAUGUCAUAUUCACCAUUGUAGUGGAGGCAAGAUGCCGAACAGAGUCGUCUACAAGUUACACCGUGUCCAAGUUGAACUUCGUGGACCUCGCGGGAUCCGAGAGACUUGGGAAGACCUCGUCUCAGGGGAGGACUCAGAACGAGGCCACGUACAUCAACAAGAGUCUCACCUUCCUCGAGCAGACUAUAAUGGCUCUCACUGACAAAAAGAGAGAACACAUUCCCUUCAGACAGAGCAAACUCACACAUGUUCUCAAGGAUUCUAUCGGCGGCAACUGUCAGACCGUGAUGUUUGCAACUGUGUGGGGGGAGGAUAAUCAGUUAGAGGAGACGGUUUCCACUCUCAGAUUCGGAACCCGGAUGAUGCGAGUGCCGAUCGCGGUGGCCGCCAACCAGGUGCAGGACCCCACUGCCAUGGUCAGACAACUCGAGAAGGAGGUGCGUACUCUUAAGCAGGAGUUGACUAUGCACGACACUCUGAACAACAAGGGGGGUCAGAACUACGACGCCAUCACAGACUCCCAGAUGGGGGAGAUCCAGAGACAGGUGAAGGGAUUCCUGUCCGGCUCAGUGGAUACUGUGGACAUCGUCAAUGUGCGACAGAUCCAGACUGUGUUCGGAGUAUUCCGACAAUUCUACAGGAGUCUAGAAAAAGACGUAGAGCAAAAAUUAAAAGAAAAAUACGAACUCACAGAGAAACAAGGCCAAGGUUCCGGAACUGCCGGUGAGCCCUCUGCGGGUGCACGAAAAGGCAGUGGCACGUCUCAAGAAGUGAGGCUUGUGGGUGAGUUGGACGGACAGGGUUUCUCUGUGGGUUUCGCUCCGCCGAGUAGCAAGCCACAGAAUUCCAGCGUGGUGGAGCAGAAGAAAAUUGAGUUGUCCAGUGGAAAUCAAGGAACUGGUCCAGCCAAGAAGAAACAAAACAAGACGAGUCCGAGAAGUAGUCACGACGUCUCGCCCAGUCGUGCGGGAUCCCUCUCUCAAACUGCGGGUGGGGAUGGAAAAGAUGGGGCUGCUGGGUUGUCCCAAACGGGAGAGCGUCCCGCGACACCUCCACCCAGACAUUUGGCCUUCGAAGAUUUCAAGAAGGAUGAGGGCGCCCAGCUAAACAAGAUACUCAAUGAUAACAAAGAAGUGUUGAAGAGUAAGAUUAACCAGAGUAGGGAGAUUGCGAAUCAGAUUAACGAGGUGAAGAGACGAAUGGACCAGACCAAACACGACCUCAACCACAUCGCCCAGGAGAGGGAGAACCUAGGAGGUUUCCAGGGUCUGGAGGAGGGAAAUGGAGACGGGUUGCAGGUUGUUGAGGAGGGGGAGUACGCGUUGAUUCUCCGACUGAAAGAUCUCAAGAGGGAGUACAGAGAGCACUACUCGGAACUGCAGAGGGUCCGAUCAGAAGUCCAGUACUGCCAGAGACUCGUCGACCAGUGCAGACAGCGACUCAUAUCAGAUUUUGACGCGUGGUACUUACAGAGCUACUUGGGUCCCAAUGUGGACUUCACCCCGACUGUGCAGACUAGCUAUGGACAGGCACAGGCCACCACCAUCUCCAACAUACACGAGGACAAGGGGGAGAAAUUGGAGAGGGCGCAGACUCAGGUGAUGAUGGAGGAUGACCCCGAGAGCUUCAGCUACCACCGUGCCAAACGAACCUCCAUACGCAAGUGCCACACAGCAAAUGCGAAAAAGUACAACCAGAGUAAGACUCAGAACCAGACUGUGCACAAUGACGGACUCAUUAUGCCAGUGAAGAAGCCAACCCAGAUGAUCCUCACAGCACCCUACUGACCCCAGUAGACCUCAGUUGACCCCCGCGUAUAACAGUCACGUGGCAUUCAUUGUAGCAUCAGAAGAUCUGAGUUUAAAAAUACGAAGAAUUUGAACUUAAUUAAUCGUGUCUAGCAAGGAAACUAAAUUGAUCAGUGCUUUGAAUAAUCAUAUCAGGAAAUCCAUAAAAUUUUUCCAUUUUGGACAUUUUAAUUCAAUUUAGCUGUCAUGA